AUGCUGCCCGUUUCGCGCUUUGCGGCCAUGCGCCGCACUACCGCACAUUUCCGUAUCCCCAGUGUUUCGGUUCACCGCGCGCCGGCAACAAUAGCCCUCCGCGCCUUUUCGUCUGCAUGGGACGACCAGCCGGCGCCGCCGCGUCUGCCGCCCGAGCAGCAGGCCGAGUUUGAGAAGCUGGUGCGCCAGGCGCAGGAGUCGGCGGCGGCUGCGUCGCUGGCGGACGCGGUCGCCGCGGCUAACGCUAAGGCGGCGGAAGAGGCGGCGGCUGCUGCGGAAGCGGGCGAGACACAGGCGGAGGCCUCAGCGGCGUCGGCGAAACCUGCCACCGAAACACCUUCGUCGGCGCUCAACGGCAACCCGAUCGAGGGCGUGUGGCGCGGCGCGGCGCCCGAGUUUGACGGCGACCGGAACCCCAAGACGGGCGAGGUGGGCGGCCCGAAGAACGAGCCGUUGCGGUGGGGCAGUUCGGGCGACUGGAGCUUCAACGGGCGGGUGACCGACUUUUAG